GCCACAAUAGCCACGCCGUGACGUGGCGCUCGCAACAGCGAGGCGCUGCGAUCACAACGGCGAGAGGGAGCGUCCGUGCCGUCAAUGUUGUAGACCCCUAUUACGAUCCCGUGGCGCGCAGGCGCAGCAAGAUCUUCUGGUUAAAGUAUCCAUUUUGAUCACAUACAACUUUAAGUCAACAAUGGCAGACAUCGAGGAUACUCACUUUGAGACUGGAGACUCUGGUGCCUCCGUGACCUAUCCCAUGCAAUGUUCAGCAUUGCGCAAGAAUGGGUUUGUUAUGUUAAAGUCUCGUCCAUGCAAGAUAGUAGAAAUGUCUACUUCUAAGACUGGCAAGCAUGGUCACGCUAAAGUCCACUUAGUGGGUAUCGACAUAUUUACUUCAAAGAAAUACGAAGAUAUCUGCCCUUCUACACACAAUAUGGAUGUGCCGUUUGUCAAGCGGGAAGAUUAUCAGCUGACAGAUAUAUCUGACGACGGCUAUCUCUGCCUGAUGGCUGAUAAUGGAGAACUGCGUGAAGAUCUCAAAAUACCUGAUGGUGAAUUGGGAGCACAGUUGCGUGCUGAUUAUGAGGCUGGAAAGGAGUUACUUUGCACUGUAUUGAAGGCGUGCGGCGAGGAGGUAGUAAUCGCCAUCAAAAACAACACCUCUCUCGACAAAUAAUUGUGUUCAGCCCGAAGAUUACGACGACAAAAAGCCCAACACACAUUCGAGCAAAUACCACCCGCUUAGUCAAUCAAUCGACACCUUUACCAUUGGUCAACCAGGAUAAACAACAAUAAUAACAACUAAAAAAAUAUAGAGGAAGAUGAUGAAGAGAGUGGAAGAGUGUAAGAGAGCAAGAGAGGGAGAGAAAGAAAAAGAGCGAUUGAGAGAGAGAGAAAGAGGGAGAGAGAGAAAGAGAAAAGAAAGGAAGGUGGAAAAAACAAAACGGGCUAGCAGUUCCACAUGUAACAACAGCAACGCGCAGAUGCGAGAAGCGACUUUUAUCGAAGUAUAACAUCCGCUUACUUAAUUAUUAUUCAACAAUAACUAAAAUAAAUCCGGAAAAAGCGAAAACUAUAGCGGAAACUAUAGGUAACACGCACACUCAGUCACAUAUACCUACCUACUUAUCUACCUACAUGUGACACAUACAAAAAAAAUAAACAUACGCGCAUGUGCGUUUAUACGCACAUUUGCAUGAACACAUACAGAUACUCUCACAUAUACACACACACACACACACGCGUUGUUUGUUAUAUACAAGAAAGUGGCGACAACUUUUCAACAGAGAGUUGAUGGAAAAAUAAAAACUGAGAAAGCCUUGACACAUCCUGGAUCUUUUUUUUUUUUAAAGAAUAGAGAGAGAAAGAAAUUAUUUACAACAGCUUUGUAACUUAUUACACUUAUAUGUAUGAAUGAGAGAGUAUGUGAAAGAAUGAAAGAUGCAGAGAGAAAGAAAGAGAGCGAGAGAAAAUUGUUGGAGACCAAUACGAAGAGGUCGUGGGAAAAGGACUGCGAGUCCUUUACGCGCGCGCGGAACAAUUUUUCAUGGGAUGCUGGCGAUGCCCGACACGAAGCAGCUCACUUCAAGCAUCUUUCCCAUAUAAUGAUCGAUUCAUAAAGAUUAGACAAAAAGACUGGAGUUUCAUUAUACAAAAUUUUUACAGAAUACCGAAUGAUUUUUUCUUUUCUUUUAAAGAGAUCUCAAGUCCUCGAGAUUUGCGGGUCUAAUCAUUUAAUUGCACAAAUAUUGAAGUUUAAGUAUUGUGAGGUUUAAGGAUCUAGAAAUUUUGAGUUUCAAUUUUCAAUAGUUAUAAGGAUUACGAAUUCGGCAAAAAUAAUUCGUAUUACUUAAAAAUAUAACUUUUAGAUACUCAAAAAGUCGAAAAUAUUAAAAUCUUAAAGAAUGUAACAUUUUAAUUUAUCUAAUUGUAGAGAAUCCAAGUUUGAAAUUAGACAAGAUAUACUCUUCGAUAUCUAUGGAGACAAUUCAAAGGCUUUGAGAUUCUGAUAUCUAAAAGUUGUCGACCACGAAAUUAAGAUUUUAAGUACGCAAGGAUCUUGAUAUUUCUCUGUAUCCAAAAAUUGAACAAUGCAAAGGAUUGCCUUGAGAUUGAAGGAUCUAACAGUUCGUGUGUUGGACUCGAAAUAUAAGCAUUUAAAGAACACAAUAAAGGAGCCUAUAGGUUCUUCUAUAUUUAAAAAUAUAAGUACAAUUUUUCGAUAUCCGCAGAUAUCGAGGUGCAAAAACCGGGUGUUUUAGACCUCUAAAUCCAAGGACGUCGAGAUCUUAAGAAUAUCACAUAGGAUGACAUUUCGCGCUCUUGAUAAUGGCCAAUGCGACGCGAUCGCGACAUCGCAUUACGUUCAGUCUGUAAUUGGCUUGCGAAUGCUCAGACCUUAUUACAUUUUGUUGUAAUAUCUCGUUUUAAUAAACAUUUUUCAGAACAGGUUA